AUGACGCUGAAGGCAGCCAUUGCGACGUGGGCCCGUCGCGUGUGCGACCCGCGCGACACCAAGGCGGCGUGGGCCGUCGCACGGCUGCUUCUGAUCGCAGAGGCAGUGCUGUGCUCCGCGAUCAUCGCCAAGGUCCCAUACACCAAGAUAGACUGGGAUGCGUACAUGGCGCAGGUCACGGGCUUCCAGCACGGCGAGCGCGACUACACCAAGCUGGAGGGCGACACGGGCCCCCUCGUCUACCCUGCAGGGUUCCUCCUCUCCUUCUCUGCUCUCAAGUGGAUAACCGGGGGAAUCGUGGCAAACGCUCAGGCGGCCUUCCUCGUCCUCUAUCUCAUCAACCUCCUCAUGGUCUUCGCCAUCUACAUCCGCACACAGGCGGUGCCCCCCUGGGUGCUCGUGCUGCUGUGUCUCUCCAAGCGUCUACACUCCAUCUUCCUGCUUCGUCUCUUCAAUGACUGCCUCGCCAUGGCAUUCCUGCACGCCUCGCUCCUCAGACUGCAAUCGUCUAGAUGGAUCCCGGCAGUCCUCCUAUUCAGUGCAGGCGUUUCAGUCAAGAUGAACGUCCUGCUCUUCCUCCCUCCUCUGCUUCUCAUCAUGGCAAAGACCCUUCCCCUGCUUCAAAUAAUGGCUCUCCUUGGUGCAGCAGUCGCCUUUCAGCUCCUGGUUGGCUGGCCGUUCAUCAGCACCUUCCCUCAGGCCUACUUUGGCCGGGCAUUCGACCUUGGACGAGUCUUCAUCCACUUCUGGUCUGUCAACUUUAAGUUUGUCCCCGAGUCAACAUUUGUGUCCAAGCCUUUUGCUCUUUCUCUCUUGGGGCUGCACCUGCUGCUGCUGCUGCUCUUCUGCCACUUCUGCUGGUGCAAGUAUGAGGCCGGCAUGUUUCGAGUUGCCAUCGCUGCUCUGCUCUCCCCGUUCAAACGACUGCAGACCCGCCCGUUGCAUCCUGACCACAUCACAUACCUGAUGCUCGUUGGUAACUUCAUUGGAAUCUUCUGUGCUCGCAGCCUGCACUACCAGUUCUACUCCUGGUACUAUUUCUCCAUCCCCUACCUCCUAUGGAUCUCUCCUCUCCCCACACCACUUAGGCUGCUUCUCUGGCUGACCAUCGAGCUCUGUUGGAACAUCUACCCGUCCACACCAGCCUCCUCCCUCUCCCUCCUCCUCACGCACCUCUCCCUCCUCCUCGCCCUCUGGAUGGCCCCCCCCCGCCUGCCCUUCGGAGCAGACGAGCAGUCCUGGCAGGGGCAGGGGGGAGCGGGGAAGGGGGAGGGCGGUGCAGUGGGGGAGAUGGAAGGUAUGGGGAAGGAGGAGCGGGAGGCCAUGUGGCAGCAGUAUGUGCAGCAGAUGACACGAGAGGCUGAAGCUCAGGCUGCUGCCGCUGCUGCUGCUGGUGCUGGAGAGGGGUCAAAAGGAGCAGAGGGAGAGAAACGAAAGGCAGAGUAA